AUGGUUAGCCCAGUUAUCACAAUCUUUCGCAUUGUACUUGCCAUGGCGCUAAGCAAUCUUUUUUUGGGGUUUGUGCUUUUCUCCCCUCUUAGGGAUAACGGCUUGGGAGCUUCUGAUCUUAUGGACCUAUGGACCACCAUUGCUGCUGUUGAACCCCGUGGAGAUACAAGAGGUUGGGACCGCAUUGCAAGCUAUAUAAACGAAUACCUGAUCACUAAUGGUGCACCUGGUCGCCUAGCGCAGUUCUACGACGGUGAAGACUGCAUACAGAGGUUCAAGAAGAGGUAUUCUGCGUCCCUACUCAAAAAGAAGCGGCGGGGAGGCGGUAAGUUUGAAGACCUGCGGUCCUAA